AUGGGGCAGGGGGACUCAGAAGGCGGGGAGGGGUCGCCAUUGCAGGAGCAGGUGGAGGCGCAGGUGAGGGACGGCCGGGCCCUGGCGGCCCUGGGAUGGUGGGAGCUGCUCCGGGGCCUGCUGGUGUUCGCCCUCUGCUCCCACCCCCGGCUGCAGCAGGACCCCGAGGCGCUCCUGCGGGCAUCCCGCCGGGUCCUGGGUGCCCGCCUGUGGCGGGCCCUUCUCUCCGUGUCCCUCUGGGGACAGUUUGCGGUCGGCCGGAGCCCGGCGGCCGUGCGGGAGCUGGGCCAGCGGCUCCGGGCGCGUGGCCUGCGCCCUUUGCUGGCCCUGCCCAUCGAGGGCGAGGGACCCGACGGCGAGGGCGAGGCCUGGUUCGAGCAGAACUGUGGGGCAGCCCUGCAGUGUGUGGGGCUGGCGGCCGCCGCGGGCCCCGAGCCCGCCAUGCAGCUCAAGGUGACGGCGCUGCUGAGCCAGCGGCUCUGCGAGAAAAUCUCACUGCGAUUGGCCGAGCCGGAAGGGGCGGGGCUUAACCCAGAACAAGUGGCGGCCAUGUUGGGCGGCCAGGUGCCGGAGCUGCCCUGGCUCAGCCCGGCCGAGAACGAGCACCUGGGGCGGGGCCUGAGCAGGCUGGAGAGGGUGGCGCAGGCGGCAGUGGGCGGGGCUGUGCAGGUGCUGGUGGACGCCGAGCUCUCUCACCUGAACCCCGCCCUCACCUGCCUCACCUGGGGGCUGAUGUGGCGCCACAACCGCCGCGGGCCCCGCCCCCACAUCUGGAACACCUGGCAGGCCUACCUGAGGGACACCGAGGCCCGGCUGGGCGCGCACCUGGCGCAGGCGGGCGGGGCCGGGCUGAGCUGCGGGGUGAAGCUGGUGCGGGGGGCGUACCUGGAGCAGGAGCGCGGCCCCACCUGGGACUCACCUGAGCACACCUCGGCCAGCUACGAGCGCUGCCUGCGGCUCGUCCUGGCGGCGCUGGCGCGGCCGGGCUCGCGCCUGCGGCUCAUGGUGGCCUCGCACAACGAGGGCUCGGUGCUGCAAGCGCUGCGGUGGCUGCCGCGGGUCCCGCCCGGCUCCGUUUGCUUCGGGCAACUGCAGGGGAUGGGCGAGCACCUGAGCCUGGCCCUGGGCGCCGGGGGCCUCCCCGUGUACAAGUCGGUGGCGCUGGGGCCCCCCGAGGUGACGAUCCCGUACCUGGCGCGGCGCGCGGCCGAGAACCGCGGGGCCCUGGGCGGGGCCAGGCGCGAGCGGCAGCUGAUGUGGGCGGAGCUCCGGCGCAGGCUCCGCCCCUGGGGCUGA